CACGUCUUAUAACCUUUAACCUCUACUCCAAGAUGGCUUCCCCCAGAAAAAAAGUCACGUUGGAAUAUGUUCCUCCGGAAAACGUGUCGAAUGAGCCUCUACUUGUCCAGUUCACCAACGGGAGACUGAAGCCAGACAACCCUCCGAACUUUGGUUACUUCAGGAGCACGGAGAGGGAUGACGUCAGGAAGAGGCACAGGAGAGUUCUGGUGGCAGAGACUGAGAGAAUGCAGUACGUUGGUAGGAACUUUGGUCCAAGUGCCCCCAGGGGAAACUCUCUUUGCAAGUACAUGGUCGGUAUGUUAGACAAAAAGACUGGGAAGAUGAGAGUUUAUGACACAAACUCCUUCACCAUGAGGCCAGUAGUACAUGACAAAGAUCAGGAAAAACACAAGGACGAAACAGACUUGACAUACCAGGAAAAGAAUGACAGACUGGUAGAUGCCUUUGGUGGAGCGAAGAAGAAGAGAGCUAUGGAGAGUCGACUUCGGGACAAGGUGAAGAAGGAGGCUCUGGAGACAGCCAUGGGAGCUGCUGUGGAGGACGUCAUGAAAACUCCAGAGAAACUAACAGGUCCAGAGAUGGAUUCGGGCUCUACCAUCCCACCUCAUGAUAAGAAUGCUGCAACACCAGAGGAUGUCUACAAGGUGGAGAGCAUCAUUCCCCUGGAAGUGUUUGAAGCCCUGAAAGAUGCAGCUGGAGACUUUGUAAAAGCAACGAAAGAAGACAUCGCUAAGUGGAGAGCAGAGGGAAGGUACUCUACAUUUGUACUGAGGCAGGUGUCCACCAUGCCGCUGGAUGAAGAGGCCAGACUCACCCGUUCCUGUCACAUCAUGUACAUGUGGUACCUCCUCGCCCUGCAUGGACUCAAGUACACUGACUGGAGGAAAAGAGACCUUCCUCUACCAGAUGGCAUGCCCCUCUUGGUCAAGCAGCAGCUGCUCGGUGCAUUCACUGUCAAGGCAGAUGCCGCAAGGUCUCGCAGGGCCAUGCCGCCUCGUCUUAAGGACAAGCUGUUGUGCUACAUCCUGGUUCUGGGCCUGAUUAUUGAGAAGUUUAGACUGAACUUGAAUGACGUCCAAAAGGACCUCAAGAUUGCACAAAAGAAACUGAUGACGUUAACAAGAGCCAUUGGCUGUGAAAUUCAAAGCAAGAAGGCUGACAGAGGUACAGAUUCUGACACCCAGAGGAUGGCUGUGUUGCCCAUACCGUUCAAACUGCCUGAUCCAAGUAGAGGCAAAGGAAGGAAAGGGGGCCGUUAACAGAACUGUACAUCAAGGAAAUAAAACUUGAAUUGUCAA